AUGAACUAUCUGGUAACCAGAGAUCCCAUGAACGCGCACCAUAUAUUAAGCAAAAGGUUCGAAGAUUAUGUAAAAGGUGCCGAUUUUCGCGAGGUUUUCGCUGCGUUUGGCGACGGUAUUGUUGCCGCGGAUUCAGAAAAAUGGAAGGAGAUGAGGUCCUUGUUCCAUUCUUUGUUCAAACACAAAAGCUUCGAGAUUUUGUUAGAGAAAACUAUUCAGAAGAAACUUCAAAAUAGCUUGCUUCCGAUAUUAUCAAAUCUUUGUGAAGAGACUACGGUGGACCUGCAAGAUCUCUUUUGUAGAUUCACAUUUGAUAAUAUAAGCUCGUUAGGGUUAGGGUUUGAUCCCAAUUCCCUUUCAAUUGAGUUCCCUGUUGUUGAAGCUAAGAAGGCUUUCGACGAAAUCCAAGAAUGCAUUCUUUACCGACACGGAGUGCCGAGAAGUGUUUGGAAGCUUCAAGAAUGGCUUCGACUCGGCGAAGAGAGGAAGAUGGCGAAAGCAUGCAGAGUUUUUGACAAUUUUCUAUGCACUCUUAUAGCAUCUAAGCUUGAAGAACUAAGCAAAAGAGAAACUAAUAAUAAUCAUCAAGUUGAUGAAAGUGUUCUUCAUCAAUUUGAUAGCUUGCUUGAGGCGGUUACAAGAGACGAAGCGCGACGCGACGAAAAGUUCUUAAGAGAUUCAGCAUUCAAUCUUUUUGUAGCUGGAAAAGAUACAAUUGCUUCGGCUCUUACCUGGUUCUUUUGGCUCGUCGCUACGCAUCCGUUAGUGGAAGCUAAGAUUCUUGAAGAAAUUCGAGAAGUUUUUGGCGCUAACGACGGAGAACAGUACAGAAUUUUAGGCAUGGUGGAUGCGAAGAAGCUAGUUUAUCUUCACGGCGCUUUGUGUGAAGUUUUAAGACUUUUUCCUCCAAUACCUCUGGAGCGCAAGCAGCCUAUCAAAGCUGAUGUGCUUCCAAGUGGACAUGUUGUGGAUUCGGAUACAAAUAUUGUAUUUUCUUUCUACGCAAUGGGGAGAUGUGAAGAAAUUUGGGGGAAGGAUUGCUUGGAGUUCAAGCCAGAGAGAUGGAUAUCUGAAAAAGGAGGAAUAAUUCAUGUGCCUUCUUACAAGUUCAUUAGUUUUAAUGCAGGACCAAGGACUUGUUUGGGUAAGGAUAUGUCUUUCAUUCAAAUGAAGAUGGUUAUAUCUGCUAUUUUGCGCCACUAUUGUGUACAUUUGGUGGAGGAUCAUCCUCGAGUUAUUCCAAGCCUUUCAAUUGCGCUUCUAAUGAAAAAUGGUUUGAAGAAUGCUUCUUUGAAAGUAAGCAUUGUCCAAGUAGAGGAACUUCUUCAGGGAACUCUUCUCCGAACACCUCUUACCAAACUCUGA